UAACAUGUGUUAAGCGUUAUUAUUUUUUGUCAUCCGCUCAAGUGUAAUUACAAAUAAUACAAGUUUAAGUUUUGAGUGCAGUUAAUGUAAUGAUCAAUAAAUGAUGAAAUACAUUUAGGUUUAACAUUUACCUGUUCGAGUCAAGGAUUAUUUUUUCAAUUGUUGAUACACAUUCAAUUAACAGUAAUGAUUACUGAUCCAUGUUUCCUUUUCGGUUGUGAGAUACUUAAGCCUAUACCUUUUGUCUGUUUGGGAUUAGCUAACCUUCAGUUAUUUGUCAUCUGAAUUUCACCAGAUUCAGAUCGAAGUUCUUAGCUGUUUCUCAAGUCAGAUUGGAAUAUAAUCAAUUUACAUAGUUCGUUCAAGUCGUAAUAAGUUACCCAGGAGCCAAGAUGAGUAUUGUGGCUAAUUCAGCAGUGAUUGGCUCAAUUACUACUCUAAUUGUUGGCAUAUGUAUAUUUCUAUGGAUAAAAAGGGAAAAAUCCAAGAACAAAAAGAAACUAUUGCUUGAUCCCAACGUUAAAUACCAGGUUCCAUUGAUAGCUAAAGAAGAUAUUAGUUGGAAUACGCGUCGCUUCAGAUUUGGUUUACCAGAUGAUACUGUUCUGGGUGUUGGUCCUGGUGAACACAUUUAUUUAUCGGCCAAGAUUAAUGAUGACUUGAUAAUCCGUCCUUACUCACCUGUUACGAAUGAUGAGACUAAAGGUUAUUUUGAUUUAGUAAUAAAAAUAUAUUUUGCUAACAAAAAUCCAAAAUUUCCAAAUGGCGGAAAGAUGACCCAAUAUUUGGAUAGCAUGAAGAUUGGUGAUAAAAUUGAUAUUAGAGGUCCAGAAGGCAGAUUAAUUUACACCUCCAAUGGUGAUUUUCUUAUCAAAAAGAAGAAAACAGAUCCCCCUGUUAAACAUCACUAUAAAAAAUUAGGAAUGAUUGCUGGAGGAACAGGACUGACCCCAUUGUUAGCUGUUUUACGCGAAAUCGCAUCAAACCCUGAUGAUAAGACACGAGUUUCCUUCUUAUUUGCAAAUCAAACCUCAGAUGAUAUUUUAUUACGUGAUGAGCUGGAUAAAAUUGCUGCAAACCAUCCAGAUCAGAUUAAAGUAUGGUACACAUUGAGUAAGCCGGAAGAGGGUUGGAAGUUUAGUAUUGGUCGAGUUGACGAGAAUAUGAUUAAAGAUUAUUUGUUUCCACCAGCAGAUGAUACAUUAAUUAUGAUGUGUGGUCCUCCAGCGAUGAUCAGAGAGACAUGUCAGCCAUUGCUCGAUAAAUUGGGCUACAAUGAAUCUAAAAGACAUGUAUUUUAAAUAUUAAUUCUCAAUUAUUUCAAAGUUAUGGAAUAUUUAUCGAUCCCACCCAGGAAUUCUAAUGCAAUAUCAGUUGAUGUUUUAAAACCAAAGCCAGAUCUAUGUCAGACAUAGUCCAAUUGCCUUAAAUCAACCAUCUAAUGAUUACUUGAUACAUUGAGAAAGGAGAAACAUUCGAAGAAAUUCUUACACAAUGAAAUAAAUUUAUGUAAACGACUUUAUAUGAAAAAGUUAUUGAUACAAAAUAUUAAUUAAACUUUGUUGCAUUAUUUUGGUGAACGA